GAAGGCAACAAAGACGUUAACAAUGAAUUCGCCAUCUAUAUUUCCAAUGCUGCUUGGCUUUGUUAGUGGGUUUUCCAUCUUCCACACCUUCUUGCCUGAAGCCAUCUAUACUAAUAAAGCCCCGAAAGAGGAACACAAAAACUCAGAUAAUGCCAUUCUGCGCACCGUCACAACCUUGAUUGACACGGCUCAAAACCUUUCUGGUCCUUCUCAGAUGGGGCGUACUCUGCAGGAGGACAUUACUUCACUUCGGGAGAACUACAUGUGGACCUGCACUGCGGCGACCUUUUUAUUUAUUGCAUCCGGAGGGUUCUAUUUCCUCUUGGGUGGUGCUGCUUAUGUUUUUUUCAGUCAUCCCGAUGGUCAAAAAAAUUACGUUGCACUGAAGCAGUGGGCAAAGAAAAAAAUUAAGCAAUAAAACGGAGUGCUACGUUACUAAUCAAAAAAAUAUGUGUAGUGGGAUCGGAUGGCUAAGUCCAUCUUCAUACGCAGAUCACUAUCCUACGAGAAUCUUCUUUUUCUAACUCCAGCUCUGACCAUCAAUGAUUUACUCAACGAUACGCUCUCAGUUCCCUUUUCCCUUUGUUAUGAGUCAGGUAGCUCUUGUGAUGAAGUGAUUCUCAGUGCAAUGCUACAAAAUAUUAACAUUUCCUUCUUCCUUCAUUGCACCUUCAUUAGGGUCAGAGAGUGCCCAAAACAAAUGCUCGUUGAGCUAUAAAAUAUUAGGCUCUUUUUACCAUUUUCACACUGGCAAGGACUAGAAGGGAGUUGCCAUUGCUGAACUUUGAAAUUUUAUUUCUGUAUGCAUUAUGAUACGAAGCGCGUUUCCGCUUUUUGCUUAUUCUGUGACAUGACUACACUUUUUUUUUUUAUCAAUGGUUUAUGAAAAGGAAAUAAUAAUAGUAAUUACUCCAAAAAAGUAGAAUGUACGCUAUUUGUACUUAUAUCUUGUACAGGUAUGUUCAUAUUGUACAUUUUGAUACAAUUAUUUUGCUAAUGUUUUAGUGCAGUAUUAUUUUUCGGUUUCAAACAUAUAAAAUAUACAAGCCAUUUAUGUUCGCGCCAACGCGGUGAUGAAAUGAUUCCACUAUUCACAUAUGAGGUAUGAAUAUAAAA